GAAGGCGGGAGCCGCGGAGCCCCGCACCAUGCUCAGGAAACACCUCCGGGAGCUCACCGACUGGAGCCCCAAUGGCCCCGCCGGCUUCACCUGGGAGUGGGAUUCCGGCAAGGCGUCCGAGCUGCUGUCGGGAAUGGGCGUCUUGGUCCUGGAGAAGGAAGAAGAAGACAGCGAGAACAUCCCCCACGAGCUACUUGGGACUCUCUGCCCCCCGCAGAAGCGGCAGAAGCUCAGAGGGAAGGACAAGGACUUUGCGAUUGCCCGCAGACCCAGGCUGCUGCGAGAGGCCUUCUCAGGGAUUUCUUGGGAUACCCUGCCGGAUGAAUUGCUUCUGGAAAUCUUUUCCUAUUUACCUCUGCACGACCUUCUGAAAAUCUCCCAGACUUGUAAGCGAUGGCACCGCCUUUCGUUGGAUGAAUCACUGUGGCAGACGCUAGACCUGUCGGGGAAAAACCUGCUGCCGGGGGUGACGGGCCGGCUGCUGGCCGUGGGCGUUGUUGCCUUCCGCUGCCCCAGAUCGUGUGUCGACCAGCCCUUAUUUCACAACUUCAGGCCACUGCGCGUGCAGCACAUGGACCUGUCCAACUGCAUUGUGAAGGCGGCCACGCUACAAAACAUUCUUUGCCGGUGCAGCAGGCUGCAAAACCUCAGCCUGGAGGGACUAGAGCUGUCCGAUGUCAUCGCUAGAGACGUUGCUCGGAAUUCAGAGUUGGUGCGGUUAAAUCUCUCGGGUUGCUCUGGGUUUUCUGCCUCGGCCCUGGAGGAUCUGCUGAGCAGCUGUUCCAGAUUGGACGAGUUGAACCUCUCUUGGUGCUGUGAUUUUACGGCUGAACACGUUCAGGUAGCGGUCAGCCACGUUUCAGGGACUGUGACCCAGCUGAAUCUCAGUGGAUACCGGCAGAAUCUGCAGAGAGCAGAUGUGACGACCUUAGUGGAAAGAUGUCCCAAGCUCGUCCAGUUAGAUUUAAGUGAUAGCGUCCUGCUGAAAAGCGACUGCUUUCAGGAAUUUCAGCAGCUCCUCUACCUCCAGCACCUGUCGCUCAGCCGAUGCUACGAGAUCUCUCCCACAGCACUUCUAGAACUGGGCGACAUUCCCACGCUAAAGACACUCCAGGUGUUUGGAAUAGUGACAGACAGUUCCCUUCAGGUGCUGCAAGAAACACUCCCUCACCUGAAGAUCAACUGUUCUCACUUCACCACCAUCGCCCGACCAACCACCGGCAGCAGAAAGAACCAGGAGAUCUGGGGCAUCAAGUGCCGCCUGACGCUGCGCAAGCCGAACAGCCUGUGAUGCUCAGGUGUCUCUUCCCUCUUCACGGGGCGAGAAGCCACCACCCUGCAACUCCUGAGAGGCUUCGGGGACGAUGGCAUACUACCUUGUGCCUCUCUCCCCAGUUUGAGUAGCGUUAGACCGCUGGUUUGAGAGGAAAAAUCAUUCAGUAUCGCUGAUCCCUAUCAAAGGUUAGAAAUUAAUUGCUUUUAGAAAUCUGGGGGAGUUGCUUGUUGCCCUCCUAGGGCCUUUAAGUCUGUUGCCUCUGUGGGUUAGAGGCGAGGGAAUGAUCAUUGUUUGAAUUUGGUUCGGGUGGUGACUCGACGGCACCUCCGUUUUCCCUAGGGCUUUUCAAGAUCAACCGAAUGCGCGUGAAGCAGAUGACUCUACGGUAAUUAUGACUGAUUUAGAUCUGUUUUUGUUUUUAUUUGCCAGUUGGCUUUUAGAGGGUGGCUCAGAUAAGCCGUGAAGUUGUUGAAGUGGGGCGGUAAGGGAGGCUUUUUAUGGUCUUGGCAAAAUUAACCCUACCUGUGGAGGCUUAAAUACGGUGAAUCUUAAGGCAUUCGGGGUGGAGGGCGGAGAAGGUUUAGAGGGGAAUGUCUGAAUCUGCAGCUCGGAGAAGUAGCUUCCUCUCCCCCUUGAUGCAAAAUUCAUCUCAAGAUGCUUAGGAGCCAACCAGGAAGUGCCCUCAAACCACAACAGUUAAAUAUGGCUCGGCCAUUUGGGCUGUUGGUGAAAUAAUCAUGUUUUUCUUCCCAUGCCACCUGCAGAGAUGACGUAUCAGAGGCAGAAAAGCUAAGUGCGAGGGGUACAAUCAUGUCUAAUUUUGUCCAAUUCAUUUAACGUUUUGAACACCGCUUUUGCUUUUAACUUUUAAUUGCUCGUUGUCUUUCUGAUCAUUAGUGUUAAAGACAUUCUAGUCCUAAGGAGAGUCACUUUUUGAUCAAGGUUUUGGGGAGAGUCGUUCAUGUUGCACCCUCUUCGGGAAGUCCCUUCAACACCCCUUUU